UAUUGUCACUCGUUUCACCAUGAACUCUGGUGAUGCUUCACAAUUAAAAUCUCACCCAAGAUCUAUUUUUCAUAAAAGGUACAACAAACAAAUAAACGAACAGAUACAUUUACUUUUUUUUUCUCUCCUUUGCUCACGUGUAUCAAUCUUCUCUUUUCUUCUUCUUCUUCUUGUUGUUAUUGUUAUUGUUAUUAUCUGGUCGUCAAACCUCAUGUCAAAAAAAAAAUAUGAAAGCAAUAAUACCAAUGACAAGUCAAUUGAAUUAUCUACCAAGUCGACGGACGCUUGCAAGCAUAGGCACGAUCAUUGGAAACAUAAAAUCACCUCUAUGACUGGAAAUCGAGUCAUUCUCUCUACUCAACAUGGUACUCGCUUUCAAGGCACUCUUCUUUCCUUAACUAAGGAAACUAUUGUUUUGGAAGACGCACAAAAGGAAAUCAAGGCAUCUUCAGUUGUAUGGGGUAUUCAUCAAGGCACAUUGAUUAUUAAAAGAGACAGCAUUGUAAAUAUUUCUCCUGUCAAAGUGAACGUGAGGGGAACUGAAGAUAAAGAAAAAGAUCAAGUACUUAUGGUAUCCGGAAAUGACACUGAUAAGUCAUGGGAUCAAAUAACUGCAAAUGACAAUCUUCUUGACUUACAUACUGAUAUUGAAAAUCUGGAUCUAUCUGAACUCGAUAUGGCUGAUGAGAAAACAAAAGAGUCAACAACUCAUCGUUAUGAUUCGGACGAUCAUAACUUUAGAUCACAAGAUCAUAAAAAUUGGCAUCGAGGAAGACAGUCUGGAUCCGUACGUAGAAACUCAUAUCACAACAAUAACAAGAAAAACAACAACAACAAUAACAAUAACAAUAGCAACAAUAGCAACAACAAUAACAACAAGCGUGAAAAGAGAAACCAACAUUAUCAAUCAUCUAUGCAGGACUCUACUAUGAUUACUGAUGGACAACAGCAAAAGACCAAGCAAUAUCGCCAUCAUGUAGACUCUCGAGAGCAUCAAAGGCUACAAUAUCAACACACGACCAGCAAACGCAUUGAAAACCCACACAAAGAAUCAUCUCAAAGAAUUGGAACCAAAAGCAUCCAACAACUUCCAGUUCAACAGAAUACCACUCUUGAAUUGAUCAAUUAUAUCGAUAACCCUGGAGGUAUACAGAACAGCUAUAACAAUCAUCGAUUCCCAAUAUUUCACUCCGGCUACCACCAGCAAGGACGUAUUCAACCAGCACCAUUCAAGAACAAGUCCAUCAGCUCCUCGAACAAUAGUUAUCAUGAAAAACAAAAAAGUCAAUCCUUCAGCGCAUCCAAACAGAUACAACAACAACAGCAACAAGAUAACAGCGACAAGACUGAAAAAGAGACCUACAAUCCUGAAUUCAAGUUCAAUGUUAUGGCGCCCGAAUUCAAACCAUCCAGAUUAUCUGUCAUUACUAGAGCCAAUGAUGAAACAGCUACUAGUGCUUGCACUGAAACUACUUGUACAACUACACCAACAAGUCCACUCACUCCACUCACUCCACCCGAUCAUCCUAUCACACUUAAUAACAUGAUUGCCUCUCCUUUCCGCAAAAAUUAUCCCUCAUUGGACUCUAUUGAACCUAUUUGGCCAUAUGGCAGUAAACCUUAUCGAGAACAAUUCGAAUUAAUUAAAGAUAAUAAUCGACCUCAAGAUUAUAUUCAUGAUGGUAGUUAUAAUAACCUUUACUUUCGAAAUCCAAUGAUGAUGAUCCCUCCACAUGGUCAAUCUUCGUACAUGCCUUUAUAUCAAUGUCCAGGCGUGAUUUCGACUCAAGAUGGAUACAUCAUGAUGUGUGCUCAUCCAAUGUAUAAUGGCGAUGGAUCACCUUACGUCCUCCAAAACCAUCCUGUGUAUCCACCUUAUCGUUUCCCGGUGCCUGAAACAUAUUAUUAUCAAAAUCAUGCUCAAACCCAUUCAAAAGAACUAUAA